CAGACAGGUCUGUGGUGUGUGGAAAGUGCUGGUGGACGCCAGGCCCAGAGCCCAGAGCCCAGAGUAGAGGGACAGAGGCGCCUGUCUGCCUGAGAGUGCCACAGGAUGGGGGCAGGGAAGACUCUGAAGUUUGCCAUAUGUGAGGUAUUUCAGUUUGUGGGGCUGUGUGUACCACUCUUUAUUGUUAUGCAGAGGUUUGCAGUAAUUGUAGCCAAAGUCAAAGAUCUGGCUCAGCCUCCUGGUGACAGCCGCACAGCUUAUUGGUUAAUUGUGGCAGCCUCUGUGGCUUAUGUUACCUCCACAGCGCUGUUCAUCUGGGUCCCUCUCAAGUACAUGGUUUUUCAAAAGAAGAAAUUUCUCAUUGGGAGGAAGAAGUGGAGGCCUGUGGCACUUGUCUAUGUGAUCCUUUCCACGUUACCCUGCUUUGCCUUUCUCAUUGCCAGCUCAGAGGUUCAGAUCCACAACAACAUGAAACAUGACAUGUUCAUGGAGGUCCCUGUGUCACUUGUCCUCUUCUCACUCAUCUGUAUGGACAUAGUGGAGCGGAUACGGCAUUGCAGACUGACAGGCCGGGCUAACGACAGAGACAGAGAAGCAGAGAUUCCCUCCACAAUCCUCACACACAUGGAGCCAGUCACACCACUAAAUCCACUUAUCCCAGGACCAGCAGUGCCCGGGGCAGCUGUGCCCCCUUCUGUAUCCUCGGCAUCACAGCACAACAAUCGCACCCCAAAUGGAGCAAGCAUGCGGCCAGAGCCCAAUGGGACAGUCCCGCUGGUUUCAGGUCCUCAAGGAAAUUCCAGGAGACCGUUCAGCAUCUCCGCACUAAGCUCCCGUUCUGAGAGCAUAGGGGCCUACCACAUGUCUCCUUACACAUACACAGGACCUUUGCGCUUCCUGUGUGCCACUGAUGCCAGAGCGGAUGUCAUAGUGGACAGCUUCAUGUUUUGGAUGGACACAGUGGAAAUGGUACGGUCUGCAGGUCACCCCCUGGUUUACUACUCUGGGUGGGUAUUCCCCAUCUACAUCUUCAGCUACCUCUCCUGCCUAAGAGUGGUGGUGAUGCCACACAGCCCUCUGCUCUCCUCACUCGGGGUGGCCCUACAGGAUCUACCUUUCUUCUUUGUGCGUGCCGGAUUAGUUGCGUUUUUUGGUUUUGUUACCCCUGUUCUUUACAUCAUGAAAAACUUGUUGAUAUGCUUAGCAUUUAUUUAUUUUAAUUUCAUGACCAAGCUAAGGAUUUUUAAUACAGAGAGAAUGGUCUUUUGAAAUUGUGAUCUUUGUAAUUUACCAAAUACAUUUUACUUGAAGCACAUAAAAUAGAUUACACUUUUUGGACAUAGUUAACUUGGACAUAAAUACAGUUCAACAAAAGACCAUUUAAAACUAGUCUGUUAAAAUAAUAUUGGACAGCAAAGCAUGGAGCAAUGCUAAGGUAGUCCCCAGUUUGAACUCAAAGUGGGUCAUGUUUUACUGCCAAGAACAUUCCUAUGUUUAUCCUGAAUGUUGUGUACUCUUGCGUUUCCUCAAUCAUGGGCUGGGCAAUAUGAUUAUAAAAAUCAAAUAACCUGAUAUAGAUAUGUUGAUAUUCUAUUUUGCUGAUAUUGUCAGAUUGUUUUAUUUUAAUUUUUUACAUUUAAAGCAGCAAACACAAACAAAAAAACUUUUCCCAGCAAAUGGUCAUCAUUAUGUCUUAUACAAUAGAUAUAAAGAUUCUAACUGCACGGAUUGUGAUAUAAUUGAAAUCAUGAGCUUAGCUAUCUAUGAUUUUUGCUGGUAAAUUGCCUAUAUCUACUGUAAACCCUGUACAUGUAAUUUGAGGUUUUCUAUCCCUUUUUACAUUAUUGGAGUACAGUAAUAGUAAAAACUGUGAUCAGUUUAUGUACAUGCACGUAUACAUGUGUGGGAGUGAGUUAUACUUUGCUAAAUUCAAUAAAAUGUUUCAGUAAAAUUGCCAAACUGUGUAUUAAUAUUGAACUGGUUUAUGU